AUGGUGCUCCGCUUCAUUCUCCAGCACGUGGACUCUGCAGGAACAUAUGCCAGGAUCCUGUUUGUGAAUUUCAGCUCCGCCUUCAACACCAUCAUCCCAGAUCUACUGCAGACAAGCAGUCCGAGCUGCGCGUACCUGACUCCACCUGCAGUGGAGAUGGAUGUGAACUUCAGAAAGAACACACCCCCAUCUGCCCCAUCACCCUGUGUGGCUCCCCACUCGACACUGGAAUCCUUCCGCUUCCUGGGCACCAUCAUCACCAGGACCUCAGAUCUCUCCAAUCCCGAUGGUUUAAUCUUUAAAUCCAUCACCGAGAACUCGGUGGAGGUCCAGUGGCGGCCCUUCUACUACGCCUUCGACGGGUGGGAGAUCAGCUUCAUUCCCAAGGACAAUGAUGGAGGGAUGACAGCACAGCUACCCAGCACCAUCACAUCCUUCCUGCAGACUGGUCUGAGACCAGGAGAGGAGUACACGGUUAACCUGGUGGCUCUCAGAGACCAGGGUCGAAGCCAGCCAGUCACCGCUACAGUCACCACACUGAUUGAUGGCCCCACCCAGCUGGUUGUCAGGGAUGUGUCGGACACGGUGGCCUUUGUGGAGUGGACCCCUCCAAAGGCCAAGAUUGACCAAAUAGUUUUGCGGUAUGGCCUGGUAGGAGAAGGGCCCCGGACCACCUUCCGCCUGCAGCCCACACUAAGCCAGUAUUCACUGCAAGUCCUCAGGCCUGGCUCCCGUUACGAGGUGUCUGUGAGUGGUGUCAGAAAAGGCAACGAAAGUGGAUCCAUCUCCACAGAGUUCACUACCGAGAUCGAUGCGCCAAAGAACCCGCGGCUGGUGUCCAAGACCUCCACCACACUGGAGCUCGAAUGGGAAAACAGUGAAGCUGAGGUGGAUGGCUACGAGGUGGUGUACAGCACCCUAGCGGGAGACCAAUAUGAUAAAGUAAUUGUGCCGCGGAACGAGGGAGCCACUACUAAGACCACUCUCACAGACCUCCUGCCAGGAACAGAAUAUGGUAUUGGCAUCUCUGCAAUGAAAGGCACCAAUCAGAGUACACCGGCGACAAUGAAUGCCCGAACGGGCCUUGAUGUGCCCUUGGAUCUGACCGUGACUGCUUCUACGGACAACACUAUUACCCUGGUGUGGGGUGAGGUCCAGGGCCCAAUAGACCACUACAAAGUUACCUACACCUCCUCCUCUGGUGUCACCACUGAGCUGACGGUGCCGAAGGAUGUCACCACCACCACUCUGACAGAACUGGAGCCUGGGACGGAGUACACCAUCACUGUAGCAGCGAGGAGAGGAAGACAGCAGAGCUCUGCAGCCACCAUAGACGCCUUCACAGGGAUCAGGCCCGUGACCCACCUCUACUUGUCAGAGGUGACUUCAGAGUCUGUGUCCGUGGCGUGGAGUGCCCCAGCACCACCUGCUGACUUCUUCAUCCUCAGCUGCAGCUCUGCAGAUGGAACUGACACCUCCAAGGUGACCUUGGAUGGCUCCAAGACAAGGUCAUUGAUCCAGGGGCUACUACCAUCCACUCACUACACUGUCAGUCUAAUCACGAUACAAGGGGACAUUACUUCUGAGCCUAUUACUGCAUCGCUGACGACAGCCGUCGACCCUCCGAAGGAUCUGACAGCAUCCUACGUGACAGAGGACUCAGCCAUCAUCUCCUGGGUCAGACCGCUGGCUCCAAUUGAUUACUACAAGAUGUCAUACAAGUCAGCCAGAGGGCGAGUAGACAGUUUGGUGAUUGACAGCGAUGUGACCAACUUUACCUUGUCCAGUCUGUUUCCUGCCACUGAAUAUGAGGUCAGCCUCAACGCCGUCAGUGGCAGCCAGGAGAGCAAAGUGGUCAGCACGUCUGUCUUCACAGCCAUGGACAUGCCGGCCGAGUUGACGGCUCUCAACAUUACUCCACAAGGAGCCUUGCUGAAGUGGAACCCCCCUCUGUCCAGCGUCGAUAACUAUGUGCUUACCCUCACACACAACCAGGUGACCGCUGAUACUUUCCUGGUGGAGGGCAACAAGCAAGAGCACCAGCUGUCAAACCUGAAGCCAAGCACCACUUACUCUGUAGCCCUGUAUGCCACGAAAGGACCGCUCACCAGUGGCACUGUUAUUGCCAACUUCCAAACACCCAUGGACGCACCUCUGAACCUGACAGCCAGUGAGGUAAACCACCGCAGCGCCCUCAUCUCCUGGCAACCGCCCAUGGCAGACAUCGACAACUACAUGCUGACCUACAAGUCAGCCGACGGCAGCCGCAAAGAGCUGAUUCUGGAUGCAGAAGACACAUGGAUUCGCCUGGAGGGACUGGCUGAAACUACCGAGUACACCGUCCGGCUCCAGGCCGCCAGGGGACUGGAUACCAGUGCUAUAGUCUCCACUACCUUCAUCACAGGGAGUCGUCUGUUUGCCACGCCUCAGAACUGCGCUCAGCACCUGCUGAAUGGCGAGACGCUGAGUGGCGUCUAUACUAUUUACAUCAACAGAGAUCCCAGCCAGGGCGUGCAGGUGUACUGCGACAUGACAACUGAUGAGGGAGGAUGGAUUGUGUUUCAGCGUCGUCAGAAUGGCUUGACAGACUUCUCCAGGAAGUGGAGUGACUACCGGGUUGGCUUUGGGAACUUAGAGGAUGAAUUCUGGCUUGGCCUCGACAACAUCCAGAAGAUUGCUGCUCAGGGCCGUUAUGAGCUGCGGAUUGACAUGAGGGAUGGACAGGAGUCGGUCUAUGCCAACUAUGACAAAUUCUCUAUUGGAGAUGCCCGGAACCUCUACAAGCUCAGGAUAGGAGAAUACAACGGCACUGCUGGUGAUUCUCUGAGCUACCAUCAGGGCCGGCCCUUCUCCACCAAAGACAGAGACAACGACAUCGCUGUCACUAACUGUGCCUUGUCUUACAAAGGAGCCUGGUGGUACAAGAACUGCCACCGGGCAAACCUCAACGGAAAAUAUGGCGAGUCCAGACACAGUCAGGGGAUCAACUGGUACCACUGGAAAGGCCACGAGUUCUCCAUUCCCUUCGUGGAGAUGAAGAUGAGGCCAUUCAACUACCGCAGCAUCAGCGGCAAGAGGAGAAGGUCAACCCCCGCAUAA